AUGGGUCGGGAUAUCAUCCAAAAGGAUGAGGUGAUCAAUCCUUUGAUGCCCCGACAUCGCAUUAACUCCUUCCUACGCCGGGCGAAGCUGUGGUAUCGAAAUCAAACCUUCCAUCCCGCCCGAAAAGCGCUUUUUCUUGCCUAUCCCAUUCGUACAAACGAAACUUUCAAGCCUUGCGAGGACGAAAACGCCGAAGAAGAUCGUGAGAGGAAUAAUAAUCCCAACCUGGCGGAGAUGCCGCAAUUUAGCAUCCGCCGCUACCCUUUCCCCUCGGACGGGAUGCCUGGGAAGGCCUUCAACUCGAUAUUUUUCUCGCAAAAAAAUACCAUUUUACGCCUUUUGGAUGAUUUUCGACAUCAAACCGGACGAUUUGCCGUCCCGGGCGCGCCGCAGCGUCUUAAUUUUCUCGUUCAUGGCCCCCCUGGGACGGGAAAGACCUCUUUGGUAAAAGCCAUUGCACGUUAUUUAGGGCGGGAUUUGGUGAUUCUCCAACUUGGCAAUUUUCAAACCUUAUCCUCGCUAAAAACAUGGAUGGAUCGCGUUGUGGUGCGGUGUACCGGGGAGGAAAACGUCAUGUAUUACGAAUCCUCGGAUAAUUCUUGCAAGGAUUCCGUCGGGACCUCCUGCGAGAAAUUCCUCACUCUCCACCCGCGGGAGGUUAUUUAUUUGGUGGAGGACGUCGACGCGAUGAAUGCCGGGGUUCAUUUUAUUCAGCACGACGGCGAAAGGCGAAAUUCGCUAUUUUUCCCCAGUCCACCGCGAACUUUACCAACGACGAAUUCGCUGGAAGACUUCAAAAGAUGCGAAGAUGCGGCCGAGGAAAAGGGGUAUCUCGCGGAUUUGCGAAACCCUUCAACUUUUGAGGAUCUGAACACCAAUCGGAGUAGCGGAGAGGGAAAGAACAACCGAGAUAAUUUUACGCGCGUAAUUAUGGACGAGGAGUAUCCUAAUAACUAUAAUGGUAGCUCGCUUAAUUUGAAUAGUGUCUUGAGCAUUUUAAAUGACCUGUCAACGCCGGCGGGGAGGGUGGUGGUGAUCACAACAAAUUACCCUGAACGGCUGGAUUCGUUUUCAUCACGAUCCGGGGUGAUUACGCUUAAAAUUCCGAUGGAGGGAUUGAAUUUUGAGGAAUCCGUAGAAAUGAUUCGGUAUUACUUUUCAAAGGAAACGUUAACAGAGCAGGAGGUUGAGCAAAUUCACACUGCUUUACAUGCCUUCUUUGAGCGGAAACGCAGGGAUGAUAAGGAGAGAGAUAAUAACCAUGAUAAUAUGAAGAUAAACGAUGAUCGUGUUAAUCCUUCGUAUCUUCAGCAACUCUGCGUUGAGUGUACCUCAGCAUCGGAACUGGUUAAAUCUUUGGAUUCAGGCCAACUUGACUUCUAUGAUCAUUUAUUUUGA